AUGGCGGGAGCUAAGAACGACGUACUAAAGGUCGUUGGUCGUGUUGGGGUCACUCGAAAGACCAGGGCUUCCCAGAGGAAGGCGUCAUCUCAGGCCAACACGUUACUCUCAUGGGCUACAUCUGGAUCCAGUAGCCGCUCCUCCACUGAAAAAGAUGGCUGCACAUCGCAGGCUGCCCAUACUGAAACUGUUGUACCAGUGCUCAAAGACGAACUGUUAGAACCUCACGGCCAACCUCCGGUGUGGGCCGAGGACCGAGUUGUUCUUGGAGACGCUCUUCCCUGGUUCCAUUCUGUCCAGGGGGGCUGCUACUACCUCGACAAUAUCUGCCGUGGUGUACUCAUUGACGAGGACUGCGGUGACAGAUCAUAUAUAGGUGAUGAGGUUGUCAUCACCAGAGUGGGCGGCUCAUGCAAGAAGACGAAGGAAGGGAAGCUGGUCAUGACCAAAGACCACGACCCGAAUGGUCCUAUUCUUCGGUCUCUCUUGAACUCCAUGAGGUUUGAGAUCCCUGUCGGCCUCAUACUAGGAGGUAAAAACACGGACUGCCGCACCAAAGUCCCGUACAAUUUCAAUGUAUUGGACUUCUUCAGAAUCACAGAUAUCUGGUUUGAGCAAGUUGGAAAGUUCAAGGGUGCUCAGAUGCGCUUCGAAAAGAUCAAACUUGCUGCGAAAAGCUGGUGGUCUCCCAAGGGCUCUCCUGACCCUCUCCCUCUUGAACAGCGCGAGUCCGUAACUCCAGCAAAAAAUCCAGUCUGCUCCUCUUGCUCAAAUGGAACCACACAAGUCUUUGCAGAAGGCUGGAUGUGUCUUAACCCGUUGUGUACUGAGUUCUGGAAAAUGGAAGGGUCAUUGCCGCCAUCCGAGCUCACUUUCGCUCCUGAAUUUCUCACAAAGAGGUCGAAACCAAAGAAUGUCGUCCUACCUCCUUGCAGCUUAAUACCAGACCUCCUAUCGACAUUCUCCAAUGAUCAAACAGAUGUCACUGGCACACGCAUGGCAUGGAAGGGAAUCAUCUGCCCGCAGUGUAGAGCAUGCAUUGCCAGAGUACAUUGGAGGCGGUGGGAGUGCUCGACAUCUGGAUGCGGAUUUCAAUACAGCCCGCCAAUGAACCAUGUCUCGCUGCGAUCUGUACUUCCUGACCUGGAGAUGAGCCCGUCCGGUCACAGACUACCGACUAUUCCUAAGGAUAUCAGCACAAUGCCGACAGUGCAGUACAUGAAAAACUACCGGAAAGACACCUUUCUUCUUCCGGGAGCCGGCAUAGUGACCCAUUUUGCAGCCAACCGAACUGUGAACAGCCGUCCUGGCGGGCCUGACGAUCUCUUCAACCAGAUGCAGCAGGAAGAUCUAGGUCUCAGACGAUAUCCUAUCUCUCCUUGUGUCGUCACUGGAACUCUGACUUCUCACUUCGCUGUCAACUACGGAAUGCCGUAUAAAUAUAUCGUGAGCGUAGACUCUCGACCUUUCAACACGGCUCCGCCUGUUAUUACCAGUGCUCUCGAACGUCUAAAAUGGGCGACGAAGCAUACAGUGAACGCCGAAGAUUUCCAAACACCCAAUGAGCUCCUUGCCCUUGGGUACUUCGAGGAUAUGUCGAUCGGGUACCAUGAUGACGGCGAAUCGUCCCUUGGCCCAACCAUCGCAACCAUCUCACUUGGAGGGCCGGCAACCAUGCUCAUCCGUAUGAAGGACGAGUACUACAAUGGCUUCCGCAAGAGAGACAACAAGGACAAGGUUUAUCUACAGCAUGACCCGGUCUUGCCAGGUUGUGCAAAUGAAGAAGCAAGAGCUGAAUUUGCACGGAAGUUCAACUCUAAAGAAAUCACAUCAGAAGAGUAUCUGGCUGCUCGACAAGCUCUACCUACAUCAAGAAGAGAGGCACCUCCGCUAUGCACAAUGGCUCUUCACCAUGGUGACCUUGCUGUGAUGCAUGGACCAGAUUUACAGAAGUACUACGAGCACUCUGUUAUACCAUCUAGUCGACUUCGAUUUGCUCUAACUGCUCGGUACGUGAUGCCUGAUCAGGUACCUGAGUCUGAGCACUGGAAGGGCGAUUACGACCCAAUUCCAGAGUUCGAAUAUGAUGGAGAUGAGUCUUAA